GCCAGGGCUGGAAAAAGUCAAAUUGAAGAUGAAGCCCAGCUAGCCAGGGGCAGACUGGGCUUGUAGAAAGGUAGGAGCUCUUUAGCUGUUCCCUAGAGAGAAAGGGAGUUAAUCAGGGAGAGGGAGGAAGAGUUCUAAGGCAGAAUAAACGUGUGGGGUUCUGGCCUACGGAGUCUGGCAAGAGGGGGAAGUAGCCCCGGCAAGCGGAAGAAGCUUGGGAUAUUAAACCUAGAUGUGGGUUAGGAGCCAAAGAAGUGAGAAAGGAAGGAGCCUAGGGAAAACAGCAACAGGGUCUGACACUGAGUAGAUGGUGGUUGCUAGGUAUAGGGGUCUCUGGGUGGGAACUUGAAGUAAUGGGAAGGCUAUGGAAAGUGCUAGCUAGCUACUGGGAAAGUAGCCCUGGAUAUAGACUUGGACUAGAAGACUACCUGAUACAGCAUAUAGCUAGCUUGACCAUUGGGACUUUGACACCCUAGAAGAGGAGGGCUAAAUGGUGACCUUGUUAGAGGUCUGAGUCAUGAAGGGGGAGCUCCCCACUUUCCAAAGAGCUAGGCUGCAAUGUGAACAACUGAUGGAAAGGGGCACCAGACCAAGUGAGAGCUAAUCUGCAGACCCAGCUCCAAGGAGGCAUCCAAGUGGGUGCCUGGACUGGAAGCUGGAAUAGCAGGAGGGUCCAGAUUCCGUUGCUAGUCUCUGGUACUGUGGAAUAGAGCCUGAGGAAGGGCUGAACCAGUCUGGCAACAGUAUUUGGACAGUUGUCCUGUUGGACUUCAUAACCUUGGAAGGAGUGGACCUGCCUGGAGAGCCAAGUUACCAGAAGAGGGGCUGUUGCACAGCAAGCAGCAAUGGGCUACCUGGUGCAGGGAGAGCUACACUGCCUGACCUGGAUGCAAAGAGAACCAUGUGAAGAACCUCGAAAGGGACACAUACACGGAGCUUAGAAGUUCACCCUCCCCUUUCUCUUCUCCCCUGCCCCAGGAUGGAUCAGAGGAAGAACUGGCCUCGGAUGCUGGACGCCGAUGGCUGGUCAGCAGCUGUGGUUUUUCUCUUUUUGGUCUCAUUUUCCCGGAACGCAGCCAGUACUGCCCUGUUCAACACCUUCCACACAGAGAACCGCGACUGGACUUUCAACCACCUGACCGUCCACCAAGGCACUGGGGCAGUCUACAUUGGAGCCAUCAACUGGGUUUACAAGCUCUCAGGCAACUUGACCAUCCUGGUGGCUCACCAGACAGGCCCGGAGGAAGACAACAAGUCCUGCUACCCACCCCUCAUUGUCCAGCCUUGCAGUGAGUUCCUCACCCUCACCAACAAUGUUAACAAGCUGUUGAUCAUCGACUACUCAGAGAACCGGCUGCUGGCCUGUGGGAGCCUCUACCAGGGCAUCUGCAAGCUGCUGCGGCUGGACGACCUCUUUAUCCUGGUGGAGCCGUCCCACAAGAAGGAGCACUACCUCUCUAGCGUCAACAAGACUGGCACCAUGUACGGGGUGAUCGUGCGCUCUGACGGCGAGGACGGCAAGCUCUUCAUCGGCACGGCGGUGGACGGCAAGCAGGAUUACUUCCCCACCCUCUCUAGCCGCAAGCUGCCACGGGACCCGGAGUCAUCAGCCAUGUUGGAUUACGAGCUCCACAGUGACUUUGUCUCAUCGCUCAUCAAGAUCCCCUCGGACACGCUGGCCCUGGUCUCACACUUCGACAUCUUCUAUAUCUACGGGUUUGCCAGCAGCAACUUCGUCUACUUCCUGACCGUGCAACCGGAGACCCCCGAGGGAGUCUCCAUCAACUCGGCCAAUGACCUCUUCUACACGUCUCGCAUCGUCCGCCUCUGUAAGAAUGACCCCAAGUUCCACUCCUACGUCUCGCUGCCCUUUGGCUGCAUCAAGGGGGAUGUGGAGUAUCGCCUCCUGCAAGCGGCUUAUCUCUCCAAGCCAGGGGACGUGCUGGCCAACGCCCUCAACAUCACAGCCCAGGAUGACAUUCUUUUUGCCAUCUUCUCCAAGGGGCAGAAGCAGUAUCACCAGCCUCCUGAUGACUCUGCUCUUUGCGUUUUCCCCAUCCGCACCAUCAACACCCAGAUCAAGGAGCGCCUGCAAUCCUGUUACCAGGGGGAAGGCAACUUGGAGCUCAACUGGCUGCUGGGGAAGGACGUCCAGUGCACCAAAGCACCAGUCCCGAUAGAUGACAACUUUUGCGGGCUGGACAUUAACCAGCCGCUGGGAGGCUCCACACCAGUGGAGGGGGUGACCCUCUUCACCGCCAGCCGUGACCGGAUGACCUCGGUCGCUUCGUACGUCUACAACGGCUACAGCGUGGUGUUUGUGGGGACCAAGAGUGGCAAGCUGAAGAAGAUCCGAGCAGAUGGCCCACCCCAUGGUGGAAUUCAGUAUGAAAUGGUCCCAGUUUUCAAGGACGGGAGCCCGAUCCUUCGAGACAUGGCCUUCUCCAUCGACCAGAAGUAUCUGUAUGUCAUGUCGGAAAGACAGGUGUCCAGGGUUCCUGUUGAAUCCUGUGAGCAAUACACAACCUGUGGGGAAUGUCUGAGCUCAGGGGACCCUCACUGUGGCUGGUGCACUCUUCAUCACAUGUGCUCCCGGAAGGACAAGUGCGAGCGAGCAGAUGAGCCGUACCGAUUUGCAGCCAGCAUCAACCAGUGUAUGAGUGUCACUGUGCAGCCCAGCAGCAUCUCUGUGUCUGAGCACAGCCUUCCGCUCAGCCUGCUGGUGAGUGAUGCUCCAGACCUGUCAGCCGGAAUCACCUGUUUGUUUGGAAACCUCACUGAGGUGGAAGGCCAAGUUUCCGGCAGCCAGGUUGUCUGCAUUUCACCGGCCCCUAAAGAUGUCCCCACCAUACCUGUGGACCAAGAUUGGUUCGGGUUGGAGCUCCAGCUGAAAUCCAAGGAGACAGGCAAGAUGUUCGUCAGCACAGAAUUCAAAUUCUACAACUGCAGUGCUCACCAAUUGUGCCUGUCUUGCGUGAACAGUGCUUUCCGCUGCCAUUGGUGCAAAUAUCGGAACCUUUGCACUCACGACCCCACAACUUGCUCCUUUCAGGAAGGACGGAUCAAUGUUUCUGAGGACUGCCCACAGCUGUUUCCCACAGAAGAGAUUCUGAUCCCAGUGGGGGAGGUGAAGCCCAUCACACUGAAAGCCAGAAACCUGCCCCAGCCCCAGUCUGGCCAGCGUGGGUAUGAAUGUGUCCUCAACAUUCAAGGAGUUAUUCAUCGUGUGCCAGCUCUGCGCUUCAACAGCUCCAGUGUCCAGUGCCAGAACAGUUCGUAUCUCUAUGACGGGAUGGACAUAAGCAACUUAGCAGUGGAUUUUGCUGUGGUGUGGAAUGGAAACUUCAUUAUUGACAACCCAGAGGAUUUGAAAGUUCACCUGUACAAAUGCGCAGCCCAGCGGGAGAGCUGCGGCCUGUGCCUGAAAGCAGAUCAGAAGUUUGAAUGCGGCUGGUGCAGCGGAGAGGCCAAGUGCACCCUCCGGCAGCACUGCAGUUCCCCCAUUCACCCUUGGCUCGACUGGUCCAGCAGGAACGUCAAGUGCUCCAAUCCCCGCAUCACCGAGAUCCUGACAGUGUCAGGGCCCCCAGAAGGAGGGACGCGAGUGACGAUCCAUGGCGUGAAUCUGGGGCUGGAUUUCUCAGAGAUUGCCCACAACGUGCAGGUGGCGGGGGUGCAGUGCACUCCCCUGCAGGAGCAGUACGUCAUCGCAGAGCAAAUUGUGUGCGAGAUGGGGCAGGCACUCCCAGGGAUCAGUUCCGGUCCAGUGUGCCUCUGCAUCGGAGAGUGCAAACCUGAGUUCAUGGCCACGUCCUCACAACAGUACAUGUUUGUGAAUCCAGCGGUGAGCUCCCUGAGCCCUAGCCGCGGCCCGGAGUCUGGAGGGACCAUGGUGACCAUAAGUGGCCACUACCUGGGUGCCGGCAGCAGCGUGUCUGUGUUCCUGGGAAACCAGACCUGCGAAUUCUAUGGGAGAUCCAUGAAUGAGAUUGUAUGUGUCUCUGCUCCGUCAGCACAUGGCCUGGGCCCCAUCCAUGUCUCUGUGAGUGUGGACCGGGCGCAGUUAGAGAGCACUCUGGAAUUUGAAUACAUUGAUGACCCCAGAGUGCAGCGCAUCGAACCCGAGUGGAGCAUAGCCAGCGGACACACGCCGCUGACCGUCACAGGGUCCGACCUGGAUGUGAUUCAGGAGCCAAGGAUCCGUGUGAAGUACAAUGGCAAGGAGUCUGUCAAUGUCUGUAAGAUUGUGAACACAACUACCCUGACUUGCUUAGCUCCACCUCUCACUCCUGAGUACCGACCUGGCUUGGAUGCUGUUGAGCGACCGGACGAAUUUGGCUUUCUCUUUAACAAUGUGCAAUCCCUGCUGAUCUAUAAUGACACUAAGUUUAUUUACUACCCAAACCCAACAUUUGAGCUUCUGAGCCCUACUGGGGUUUUGGAUCAGAAACCAGGAUCGCCCAUCAUCCUCAAGGGCAAAAAUCUGUGCCCACCAGCUUCCGGAGGAGCAAAGCUAAACUACACUGUCCUGAUCGGAGAUACCCCCUGUGCUGUCACUGUGUCUGAGACCCAACUGCUGUGUGAGCCCCCCAACCUCACUGGGCAGCACAAAGUUAUGGUGCACGUGGGCGGCAUCGUCUUCUCCCCUGGCUCAGUGAAUGUGAUCUCGGACAGCCUGCUGACCUUGCCCGCCAUUGUCAGCAUUGCGGCGGGAGGCAGCCUGCUUCUCAUCAUUGUCAUCAUCGUCCUCAUCGCUUACAAGCGCAAGUCCCGGGAGAACGACCUCACCCUCAAGAGGCUCCAGAUGCAGAUGGACAACCUGGAGUCUCGGGUGGCCCUGGAAUGCAAGGAGGCUUUUGCGGAGCUGCAGACAGACAUCAAUGAAUUAACCAGCGACCUGGAUCGCUCCGGGAUCCCAUACCUUGAUUAUCGGACAUAUGCCAUGAGGGUCCUUUUCCCUGGCAUCGAGGACCACCCCGUCCUGCGUGAGUUGGAGGUCCAAGGGAACGGGCAGCAGAAUGUGGAGAAGGCCUUGAAGCUCUUUGCCCAGCUAAUCAACAACAAGGUGUUUCUGCUGACAUUCAUCCGGACCCUGGAGCUUCAGCGUAGCUUCUCCAUGCGUGACCGUGGCAAUGUGGCUUCCCUGAUCAUGACGGGCCUGCAGGGAAAGCUGGAAUACGCAACUGACGUACUGAAGCAGCUACUCUCAGACCUGAUUGAGAAGAACCUGGAGAAUAAGAAUCACCCCAAACUGCUCCUGCGUAGGACCGAGUCUGUGGCUGAGAAGAUGUUGACUAACUGGUUUGCCUUCCUCCUCCAUAAAUUCUUAAAGGAGUGCGCUGGGGAGCCGCUCUUCAUGUUGUACUGUGCCAUCAAGCAGCAGAUGGAGAAGGGCCCUAUCGAUGCCAUCACAGGGGAGGCACGCUAUUCUCUGAGUGAGGACAAGCUGAUCCGGCAGCAAAUUGAGUACAAAACAUUGAUCCUGAACUGUGUGAACCCCGAUAACGAGAACAGCCCAGAGAUCCCCGUGAAGGUGCUGAACUGCGACACCAUCACUCAGGUCAAAGAGAAGAUUUUGGAUGCAGUGUACAAAAACGUCCCCUAUUCCCAAAGGCCAAGGGCUGUCGACAUGGACUUGGAGUGGCGCCAGGGCCGGAUAGCUCGCGUGGUCCUGCAGGAUGAAGACAUCACCACCAAGAUUGAGGGCGACUGGAAGCGGUUAAACACCCUGAUGCAUUAUCAGGUGUCAGACCGCUCUGUGGUGGCUCUCGUUCCUAAACAGACCUCCUCUUAUAACAUUCCCGCCUCUGCCAGCAUAUCUCGAACCUCCAUUAGUAGAUACGAUUCAACAUUCCGGUACACAGGCAGCCCAGACAGCCUCCGCUCCAGAGCACCUAUGAUCACCCCUGACCUGGAGAGCGGAGUGAAAGUCUGGCAUCUGGUCAAAAACCAUGACCAUGGAGACCAGAAGGAGGGCGACCGGGGCAGUAAGAUGGUGUCUGAGAUCUACCUGACUAGACUCCUAGCUACAAAGGGUACGCUGCAGAAAUUCGUGGAUGACUUGUUCGAGACCUUGUUCAGUACUGUGCACCGAGGCAGCGCACUCCCGCUGGCCAUAAAAUACAUGUUCGAUUUCCUGGAUGAGCAAGCAGAUAAGCACGGCAUCCACGACACAGAUGUGAGGCACACCUGGAAGAGCAAUUGCCUCCCUCUCCGGUUCUGGGUGAACGUAAUCAAAAACCCCCAGUUUGUGUUCGAUAUCCACAAAGGCAGCAUCACAGACGCCUGCCUCUCUGUUGUUGCCCAGACUUUCAUGGACUCCUGUUCCACCUCAGAACACCGCUUGGGCAAGGACUCCCCCUCCAACAAAUUGCUCUAUGCCAAGGAUAUCCCCAGCUACAAGAGCUGGGUAGAAAGGUAUUAUGCAGACAUUGCAAAGCUCCCAGCCAUCAGUGACCAGGAUAUGAAUGCCUACCUCGCGGAGCAGUCGCGCCUGCAUGCCAUUGAGUUCAACAUGCUGAGCGCGCUCAAUGAGAUCUACUCUUACGUCAGCAAGUACAGUGAAGAGAUCAUCGGGGCUCUCGAGCAGGACGAGCAGGCGCGCAGGCAGCGCUUGGCAUACAAAGUAGAACAGCUUAUCUGUGCCAUGUCUAUUGAGAGCUGAAGAAAGGAGACGGUGCUCCUAGGACCAGGAGAAGGAACUAGUUACUACAAAGGCUCUUGGGAAUGAAGAGUAUGAACAAGCAAGGAAGGCACUGGACCCAUAGAAAUACUGAAACAUCCUCUGGGGGAAGCAGGGAUUGGCCCAGAUAGUAAGUUCAAAAUCAUUUAGAUUCCAGUUUGAAAGGACAGCAAGAAGGACAAUGCAUCUCAAAGCAAAAUAGGAUCAAGCUGGAGUAAUUCUUCAAGUCAUAUGUGUGGAAGGAAGGAACCUGAGAAGUCUGGAUGCCUCCGUGACUGCUACUUUGCAUGAAAAUAAUUUGAUAUAUAUUAGGAAAUAAUGAAAACUGUAUUUAAAGGGUUUAAAAAAAGAGGGAAAGAAAAAAAUUAAAGCAACCACAGUGGCCACACAGAUAAUUCCGCCAACAAAAUUCAGUUCCAAAUUCUCUCUCUCUCUCUUACUCAUCAGUUUCCUGUGGUGUGUGGCUCAGACAUUCUGCGAAUAGACUCCUAUGCUAAUCCGAAAAAUUGGAAAAUUAAAUUAUUCCUGUUCCUGGGAACUUUUAAAAAAUAUGAGCACAAGUUUGCACCAAACCUUUUUACACAAAGGAAGAUAAUAGUUUAGCUGGAAAUAAAUCCAGUGGCACCAGAAAGAACUUUACCUGAAUUACAGAACCAUCAGAUCAUCUAACCUGUUUGUCUUGAAAUCCAGCUUUAUCUAUGUAUUUAUAUAGUGUCAAUAUAUAUAUAUUAUAUAUAUAUUUUUUAAAUCCCACUUACUGUUGAAUGAUGGUGGGUCUGAUUUUAAACAUUUUUCUCUUUUAUUUCCAUUCCAUUUCAACACACAGCUCCACCCAGGUGUAAAGAUUCUGCGGUAUUUUUGUUUGCUUCACUCGUGUUCCUGAAGAAUGUUCUGCCCUUCGUGGCAUUUGAAACUAAGGAAGUCACGUACCGUUUAAACUGAAAUUGGUGCACUGUAGGUUUCUGCAGGUGCAAUUUAAGCAAAACCAACAGGCUGAUCUUGCACAGUCAAGUAGAGCUGGGCUGAGACUGACUUAGCUGCUUGGGCUGUUAGCUGACUCACGUUGUUUUGUUCCAGCCACGAUGUAAUUUCUUGUAGUAAAAAAAAAACAAAAACUAAAAACAAUGUUUACAGCAAGUGAUACUUGAAAAGCGCAGACAUAGUGAGAUAACAUAUUUAUUGCUUUUCUGUUUGAGACACGCUCAUACUUACGCAUAAGAUCAGGACAGACUCCAAUUAAAUUUUUCCCUUGGCAUAUGCAAGGUCACCCGAAGGUGAAGCAUAGGGACUUUUAUUCCUGUUGGGGAGAGGGAGAAUCUUUACUCAAGGCGAGAGAAAGUCCAAAACAACGCACUCCAAGUGCUGGCCAACAUUGUUGUCUUUGUCUCUGUAUCUCAUUGUUAGGUUCAGUUUCGAACUGGCCAUAGCAGCCCAUCUUUUCAUGGACAGCGAAAGGCAAAUAUUUGUGAGUGCUAUUCCUUUAAAAGAAACCAAAGCUUUCCUGUCCCUUUAAAGCGUGCCAAGAGGCGGAUGGAAUGCUGUAAAUAUUUCUCUCGGUAAUAAAUAUUGAUAUUUGUGCAGAUUGCAGUGCGGGAGGAUGAGGUGAUUAGACCUAAUGGAAAUAGAAGUAUCGACCAUAUGAGUCGUGGUGGUUGCAGCAAAAUAACUACCAGAGUUUGUUUAAUGGAAUCAAAACCAGACUUGAAAAUGCCCAGCCUUAAGUCUCCUUGCAGAGAGGCAGAGUGUGCUGUGUGAUCCCAAGCUAGUUGUGUCAUCUCGCUAUGACUCUUUCGCCAUCCCUGAAAUGGAGAGAGUACUAUAGUACAUUAGCUAUAAUGGAAGUUUAAAGGAAGUUUGUGGUAUGAAACAGCCUGUCCCUUUAGGGCAAGGCCCUUACAGUCUUGGCCCUGUUCUCAGCUCCUUUGUGGGUAAAGCUUCAGAUCUCACAAUGGUAUUUUCUUUGUACUGCAGGCAAACCUGACUCCAGGUUUGGUUGGUGGGGAGGCACUGAGUUUGCCUUAGAUGAAAUGAUUCCACAUCCAUUUCAGUGCUUCUCUCCCUGCACAGGGCCAAACUUUGUUUGGUGUUAUGAGUCUCUAGCCUGCUUUGUUUCAAGGGUUUUGACAUCAGAACAGAAGAUGGCAUUUCUGGAAUUUCUGUGUCUGGUGCUACUGUUUAAAUAAUUCCAUUUAAUCUUCUGCUCAUGAGCAGUAGCCUGAGCCAUCAAAGAGCCCACUCCAAGGGGUAGCAAAGUGCUAACCAAAUGCCUUUCCACUUUGAAAGCCUUUAUUAAAAAACUCUAUACAAGAAUCCCAGCUUAUCAGCUGGGACCUUGCUCCUUAGCACCAAAAUGCUAUGACAGAGAGAUGUGGAGGGCAUGUUGCCUGUUUCUUCCUAUAGAGAGUAGGUAAGGGGAUCUCCCAGUGCUUAAAGUGAAACAGGAGAAAUCAGAACAGGAAAACUGCUGAAGCCUUUGUAGCGUCCAGCUAUAUUAAGAAUUCCCUGUAGCUACAUUAGGAACUGUUAUGACAAACAAGCAUUUUAAAUAAAAUAGGCACAGCCCUGCUGCUAAUGGGAAACAUUGUAGGCAGAAGGAGAAAAGGGAAAUGUGUGUGACUAACACACAAUUUUGAAUGUUUAGGAUGCAAAUCUUUUCCUGAUGCUCUGGCAUAAAAGGGACCUUGCAUGCAGCCGUUCUCCUCCUUUGCCGAUGGAAACCUUCCUCUCCUCAGUGUGCAACGCCUGUCCUGUGCAGUCUAAACACCCAGACAACACAACUCCACUUAAAGAAUAUAUUCUAUUGCUAAUAAACAUUUUAAAUGGAUUUUUACCAAAACUCUCACUGCAUUCUAUACAUGUAACAAUUUGGCUGGGAAUGUUGUUUAAGGAUUAGAAUAGAGAGCCUGAGACUCAGGAUUUCUGGGUUCUGUUCUUGCCUGUUGCUGACUCACAGAGUGACCUUGGACAUGUCACUUAGGUCCAAGUGUUCAGCAUUAGCUACUGGUUUGGGAUACCUCCGUUUUUGUUGCCCUACAUGAGAUGCACAUAAAGGGUCUGAUUUGCCAGAAACGCUGAGUGCCCACAACUCCAAAAGCGGUGAAGGGAAGUUGGUCUGUGUGCUGCUCGGAUGCCCUCCCAAUUUCAGGAACUUGACAAGGGGUAAAACAUCCUUAAGAAUUAUUCCUGUCACACUGAUUAUUUUUUUUAGCCUGCAGCUAGAGUGUUUCCCAUUAACAGCAGCAGCAGCAGGGUUGUGUUUUCCCCCUGUCGCUGGCAGUUCUCCUUUCAGUUUCCAGUGCUCUCAGUAUUCGCCUGUCAGGAGGACUCAGUUCAGCAGUCUAAAUGAAACAAAAACAGAAUGACUUGAAUGAGCUGGGACAUCCGGGGGAAACUCAAUGGUGACUGCACUCUGGAGAAAAGACAUAAAAAACGUUCAGAGAAUAAAUAACCAACAUCAAAGAUGCAUCAAAAAUACAGCAAAGCUUCAGUCCUCAUAUUUCAGUAUUCCAUUGUACCAUAAACCUUAAGCCAAUAAUACAGAGAGCUGUGAUGUUGUAUAUAGUUACUUGCUAGAUAAAGCUUGGUGAACAGUCUGAUCUGUAUAUUGAAUGUGUCUUCAGUGAAAACUUGAUCCCCACCCUAAAUACCCUUCAGACUUUAACCCUUUGUCCCAGGCUUGUCUGGAUCAGCAGGUGAGAGGCGCAGGGCUAAUGUAUGUGGUAGCAAAAGGGCCCCACAAUGUUAAUGCGGACAGGGGCAGAUUUUUUAGAUUAGAUACUUGUUGGGGGAAUCAUUUGAGUUAAAAAUGUAAAGCUAUGCACUGAAGUUUCUAAAGGCAACUCUAUUUGGAAGCCACUGGGGUGAAUAACCCAAAAUGCAAAAUCUAAAUUUAGGCCGGUCAGGCUAGUUUUAAAAGGGGCACGUUUUUAAAACUGUGAAGGCUUUGAACGUUUUUCUCUCUGUUUAAAAGGCUUCACAGAAGGGAAACAUCACUGUUCAAUUUCUAGUAAGCGACAGUGCAAGGAACUCCCUUCUGCAAAGGACAUGGUUACCUCUCACCUUCAUAAAGGCUCCCAUUUGAAAGAAAGACCUUGAUUUUUUUUUCUUGCCUCUCAAAAAUCUCCCCUUUCCAACGCUCCUGUUCUAGUUCAAGGCAAUGUGACAAGCCAGGUAAUACAGAAAUAGAUGGUGAGCAUUGCUUCCCAAUUAUGGUAAGGAGAAACAUCUUAUACCAAGCUUUCGUAAGCUCUCUACAAUCCUUUGUGAUCCCCUCAAUGUUUUAUUGUACCUGCUGGCAAUGGCUCAGAUCUGGGGGGACACUGUGAUGACAGCUUGGGAAUAAUCUUCAGAAAGAGGGUUUUCCUUCAGUAGGUCCAGGUUCCAUUGCACAUGCGUAUCUUGCUGCUGCAUCAGCAGUAGGUGAGUGGCUAAUGCACCUGAGUAUCAUGUGUUCUGCCCCGGUUAAUAACACACACAGACUGGAGCAAACUGCUAAACAAGCAGCCCCUCACCUUGCGUGGCUGUCUGAGACUCGUCACUGUGGGGGCUUUACAUGAAACAAAUCAGGCCACAAUUCAAACGACACCAUUUGUUUUGACUGUUGUUAACACUGAAGUUGUCUCUGUGUUUAUCUUUUUCAGUCUAAAGAUUCCCAUUUGCCUUUGUGUUAUCCAGCCCCCCUCCCACCCCCCCACCCCCCCGCCCUGCAAUGGGCAAGUAACUCAGAUUGGCAGGUUCCAAUAAAGCACCCAAAAGUUGGGACACUUCUCUGAACUCUCCAGGCCUCUUAGGUCUGCAAAAUCAAACCAGAAAUCUCCUGAGCAGGCUUUCUUCUGAGAUUUCUAGCACUUCCUGCUGCAGAGGGGCUGCGGAAAUGAUGAAAACAGCCUCUCCUGUCGUAUUUUUGUCAUUUCCAAUCUCAGACAGUACAUGGAUGUGCAUAUCAGGGAAGCCAUCACAAAGUAAAUAAGCAUCGUACCAUAAUAGUGACUGUGCCAUGCUAUUUCUUAUACUCAAAAUAUACUACAGCAAGAUCCCCCUAUGGUACCAUGGAGAGUGCUCAUUUGUUAAUGGCUCCUUCUGCAGGGACACUGAUAUGGAAAAUGGGUUUAGGGGGUGAGCAGGGAAUGGGAACCAAACUUUCCUGAACCUCAAAAAAGGAUUGGCUUGAGUUUUCGGAUAAAGAUUUGCUGCGGGUGGAAGGGCUUCUUAUUUUGUUUGACCCAUCCCUUAAAAAUAAAUGCAUACCAGUUACAAGGCAAGCUGUCACGGAUAAUAAAUUGAACUGCAUACUUUGCCCACCCCACACAACCGUAACCUUUCCCUAGCUUUUCCCCUCUUCCCCUUAUAUUUGACACACUGGAGUUCUGUAUUAUAUUUUUUUUUAAAGAUGGUUGUCUGGUUUUUGUUGUUUUUACAAGUGUUGUGGAAAAAAAUGUAAGAAAGUUUAAGUAUUUAAAAAUGUUCCAAGGAAAAAAGGUUUUUUGUUAUUCUAAUAUAUGAUUGUGUACCUAUUGUAAAUAUGAAACACUCCUAUUUUGCAAGCCAAGGACUCACUUUGUACUGUUGUUAUAUAUAAAUAAAGUUUACUGGAUAAAAAAAAAAAAAA